AUGGUCCUCGGCCGGCUGCUGCUACUGCUGCCGCUACUCCUGGCCAUAGCCCUGCCCUGGGCCACGACGGGCGCCAAGGACUGCGUCUUCUGUGAGCUGACGGACUCCCUGAGCUGCCCCGGCACCCACAUGAGCUGCGGCGAGGAUGAGGACUGCUUCAUCGGCCACGGCGUGGCGCAGGGCGUCGGGCCCAUCCUCAACAAGGGCUGCGUGCACUCCACCAGCUGCGGCCGCGAGGAACCCGUCAGCUACAUGGGAGUCACUUACACCCUCACCAGCACCUGCUGCUACGGCCACAUGUGCAACAGGGGCCCCCCGGGCCCUGCCACCACGGGCCUGCUGCUGGCCUUGCCGCUGCUGCAACGUUUCCUGUGA